ACUAUGUUUGACAUUUAUAAUGCAAGCAACCAGACUGUUGGUCUGAUGACCAAUUUUGAGUGCCCACCACACAAAGUCACUACGGCCGAGAAAGCCGGCAAGCUGACUGCGUACGUGCGAUAGAUGUGCGACAUGGUCAACAUAGCUUUUACCUGGAAGGAAGUGGAGGAUGCAAAUUCGAGAGGGGAUUUGAUCCUAAGCAUCAGAUUACUUGUUACAAGCGAUGAAAUUUGAAAAUCAAUUAAAUCUUUCUCGGACAUGAUCGUUUGAGUUUUCAACUACUUUGAAGUUUUAAUGCUGUAGAAAACUCUUCGGAUUCAGCAUGUUUGACAAUUAUAGUACGAGUAACCAGACUGGUGAUGAUAUGGGCAAUGAUGGAUGCACGCAACACGUAACUACAAAGGCCGAGAACGUUGGGAAGCUAUCAGCCUACGUCAUCGUAUUUGCAAUUUCACUCUUUGGGAAUAUUCUCAUUUUGAAUGUAAUCUGCAAAAACAAGAAUAUGCACAGAAACACCAACCUUUUGAUUCUGAAUAUGGCCAUCUCGGAUCUAGUCAUACCAGUUUUUGUGAUCCCUAGAAGAGUUAUACAAAUCGCUCUGGAAUUACCCUCAGCCAAAUGGAUCCUCUCUGGAGUAACUGGAGAAAUAACUUGCAAGCUGCAGACGUUCAUGCAGGAUUUUUCCGGUCUGGUCUCAACCCUUACACUGGUUCUAAUAUCCCUAGAAAGACUAGUGGCCGUCGCAUUUCCACUCCGCGCCAAAAUGGUCACAUACAGGUUACGGGUGAAUAUGAUAAUUUUGUCUUGGGUGGUUAGCGCAGCCAUCCAUGCUCCAUACUUCUACAUCUUCAAACUAUUUGAAUUUAACUCUGAAGUGUACUGCAUUGCAUCCUGGGAGCCUGCUUUUGAAGAGCCCUCGACUGGGCAAUUCUACAUCACCUUUCUUUGUAUUUCGGUGAUUUUAAUUCCGUUUACUCUUUUAGCUGGCAUAUACACAGUUAUAGUGUCGAUUCUGAUCAGGCAAAGGAACCACUUGCGAGACGCAGUUCGUGGAGGAAUUAUACGAGACAAAAUGAACAGAAAUGUACUGAAAAUGGCUGUGACAAUUGUUGUGAUAUUUGCCAUUUGUUGGGCUCCUCUCAAUAUCAAUCUGCUUCUUGUGACAUUUUUCAGGAAAUCUCAAAAUGCGUGGUGCACUCCUCCUGCUUUUGCAUUCACUGCCGAGUUCCUUGUGAUCGCCAACGCCGCUAUCAAUCCGUUUGUAUAUUUUGGCUUCGUGGAAAAUUAUCGACGCAAUCUUAAGAGAGUUCUCACCAAGUCUAUCUUAAGUACGAACGUUAGGAAAACUGGAAAGAGGCUAAGUGUUCGUCGCGAAACAUUUGAACUGACAUCUAUAACUUGCGAUAGAGUGCCCAGCUCUGAGAACGUGGUCUCAGGAAUUCGGAUGAUCUCAUCAAAGAGACUAGACUCAACAAGACGCAGGAGCGAAGUAACAAUGGCGGAGAACCUGUAACUUAAUGAACACUGAUUCAUCAG